UUUGAACGUAAUAGUUGUGCGUACUUGUACGAAAAGAUGAAUGAUGAAAAAUUAAUAAUACUCGUGUCAAAAUAUGAGUGUUUAUUUGACAUAACCAAGCCAUCAUAUAGCGAUCGGAUAAUGAAAGACAAUGCAUGGGAGGAAAUUAGCAAAUGUCUCGGAAUAAGUGUGACGCAGUGCCAGGAUCGUUGGAAGAAACUGCGAGAUAACUUCAGAAAAGCCUAUUAUAACCGAAAAGGCAAGAGUGGCGAUGGUGCAACUACGUCCAAAUUGAUAAAAUUUGAAAAAGAACUUUCUUUUAUAAUACCAUUUUUUCGCAAUCGAAACCAAAUAUCUAAUGUAACAUUAUCAUCGGAUGAUUCAGAGCCUGGCACACCAAUACCACCACCAUCGACAUCAUCUAAACGUUCUGACCAUUCUGAAGUUGAAUCGCUUGCAAGUACUUCUGGCUCGAAAAAGAGACCACGCUUAAGCAAAGAUGUUGCUACGGUUUUCGAAGAGUAUCUUGAAGAAAAAAGAAAUACUACACCCCGUGACAAGGCAUUACGUAAUUUUUUUUUGUCUAUGUCAGAUACAGUGGAAACAUUCCCAAAAGAAGUCCAAGCACGAAUUAAAAGGCGCGUGUUUAACAUUGUUAAUGAAGCUGAAUUAAGUCUGUAUGAAAAUAGUACAGAUUUGAAUUAUUCUUUGUCUAUAAAUUCACCGCCAUCGACUAAUCAAUCUACUUACCUAGUGUCAAACGAAACCUAUAUUCCUCAAAACUAUCCAGAUCAGACUACUUACGGGUACAAUACCAGCACACAAAAUACAAAAUAAUAAACAAUCAAAAACAAUAAUAAUUAUAAUAAUAAUAAUUAAACACACACAAAUCUGUACUAUUUAAUUACAUUUCAUUAACGUAAAUAAUGCUUAAUAAAUGGAGGGCUGUGAUUUUGUGAUCUAUUUGGAUGUUUGUGUUAUUUAACAUGAUUAGUAUAAGUAAUUUACAUUUCAUUAACGUAAACAAUGCUUAAUAAAUGGAGGGCUGUGAUUUUGUGAUCUAAAUAACAUGAUUAGUAUAAAUAAUUGUUUUUUAUUUACCU